CGUCUCGCGGAGCGGAGCUCCCCACAACAACCACCACCACAAUCACCACAACCACAAUCACCACAACCACCACAACCACCACCACCAUGGGACGCGGCGAGGAGGGAGCGCCUGGGGCUACCCCCUGCACCGCAUCGCUGGUGGUGCCUUCUCGGUCUCCACCAUCACCACCACCAUCAUCACCACCAUCAUCACCACCAUCAUCAUCAUCAACGUCUCCUCGUCUCUGGACCUGGGAGGAGGUCUCGCAGAGGAGCGGAGGUCGCCACGGGGAGCCUCGUUGGCUCGUGGUGGAGCGGCGCGUCUAUGACGUCACCAAGUGGGGGGCCCGGCACCCGGGGGGGCAACGACUCCUGGGGCACUACGCCGGGGAGGACGCCACGGACGCAUUCCGUGCGUUCCACAUCAACCAGGCGCUGGUGCAGCGCUACCUGAAGACUCUGCUCGUGGGCGAACUCGCCCCCGACCAGCCCAGCUGUGAGCCUCACAAGAACGCGUCGUUGACGGAGGACUUCCGCUCCCUGCGCUCCCACGUGGAGCGAUCGGGGCUCCUGCGUCCCAGCCCGGCGUUCUUCUCCCUCGCGCUGCUCCACAUCCUGCUGCUCGACCUCGUGGCCUGGCUCAGCCUGCGGGCGCUCGGGGCGAGCCUCCACGGCUGGCUCCUCACCGCCGUGCUGCUCGCCACCGUGCAGGCCCAGGCUGGGUGGCUACAGCACGACUUUGGACAUCUCUCCGUGUUCCCCACCUCGCGCUGGAACCACUGGGUUCACAAGUUCGUCAUCGGUCACCUCAAGGGAGCCCCGGCGAGCUGGUGGAACCACCUCCACUUCCAGCACCACGCCAAGCCAAACGUCUUCCGCAAAGACCCAGACGUCAACAUGCACCCGCUGCUGUUCGUGCUGGGAACGACGCUCGCCACCGAGCUGGGUGAACAGAAGAAAAAGUACAUGCCCUACAACCACCAACACAAGUACUUUUUCCUGUUGGGACCUCCGGCACUCAUCCCCCUCUACUUCCAGUGGUACAUCUUCGUGUUCGCCAUCAAGAGGAAGCAGUGGGCGGACUUUGCGUGGAUGCUGACAUUCUACUUGCGGUUCCUCGUCUGCUACGUCCCCUUGCUGGGCCUGGGCGGCUCUCUGCUGAUGCUCGCCUUCGUUCGGUUCCUGGAGAGCAACUGGUUCGUCUGGGUGACUCAGAUGAACCACAUCCCCAUGAACAUCGACCGCGACCACCAGCGAGACUGGACCACCACGCAGUUGCAGGCAACGUGCAACGUCGACCAGUCGCUCUUCAACGACUGGUUCACGGGACACCUCAACUUCCAGAUCGAGCACCACCUCUUCCCCACGAUGCCGCGUCACAACUACCACAAGGUGUCUGCGCUCGUCAAGUCGCUCUGCAGCAAACACGGCCUGGACUACCAGAGCAAGCCGCUCAUGACCGCGUUCGGUGAUAUUGUGCGCUCCCUCAAGGUGUCUGGUGACCUCUGGCAGGAUGCCUACCUCCAGCGGUGACCUCGUCGCCCCCACCUCCUCACCCCCCCUCCUCGUUAACUCAUCAACCCCCACCUCCUUACCCCCCCCACCUCCUCAUUAACUCAUCAACCCCCACCUCAUCACCCCCCCUUCACCCCCCCCCCUCGUUAACCCCCCCCCCCCUCCAACUCAUCACCUCCCUCUUCACCCCCCUCGUUUGGGGCAAGUGCGCUCGCACCCCCGUUCAUUUCAGCCAAGCUCAGUCACUCACUCACUCAUUCACUCACUCAUUCACUCAUUCAGUCACUCACUUAUUCAGUCACUCACUCAUUCACUCACUCAUUCAUUCACUCAUUCACUCAGUCACUCACUCACUUAUUCAGUCACUCACUCAUUCACUCACUCAUCAUUCACUCAUUCACUCAGUCACUCACUCACUCAGUCACUCACUCACUCAUUCACUCAUUCACUCAGUCACUCACACACUCAUUCACUCACUCAUUCACUCAGUCACUCACUCACUCAUUCACUCACUCAUUCACUCAGUCACUCACUCAUUCACUCACUCAUUCAGUCACUCAUUCAGUCACUCAUUCACUCAUUCACUCACUCGUUCACUCAUUCACUCACUCACUUAUUCAGUCACUCACUCAUUCACUCACUCAUUCAGCCACUCACUCAUUCACUCACUCAGUCAGUCACUCACUCAUUCACUCACUUACUUAUUCAGGCAGGCAGUCACUCACUCAUUCACUCACUCAUUCACUCACUAACCAACCACUCACUCACCACUCACGCACCAACCACUCACUCACCAACCACUCACUCACCACUCACCAACCACUCACCAACCACUCACCAGCCACUCAUUCACUCACUCACCACUCACUAACCAACCACUCACUAAUUCACUAAUUUACUCACUCACUCAACCAACUCAACUAAUUCACUCACCCACUAAUUCACUCACCCACCGACUCACCAAUUAACUUACUGACCCCCUUCACACACUCACCCACACACACACACACCCACACACACGUCUAGCCUUUAACUUAUUCAGUCACUCACUCAUUCACUCACUCACUUAUUCAGUUACUCACUCACUCUUUCACUCAUUCAUUCAGUCACUCACUCAUUCACUCACUCAUUCACUCAGUCACUCACUCAUUCACUCAUUUAUUCAGUCACUCACUCAUUCACUCGCUCAUUCACUCAGUCACUCACUCAUUCACUAACAUUUCUCUCAUUCACUCAUUCAUUCACUCAUUCACUCACCACUCACGCACCAACCACUCACUCACCACUCACCAAACACUCACCAGCCACUCAUUCACUCACCACUCACUAACCAAUCACUCACUAAUUCACUCACCCACCGACUCACCAAUUAACUUACUGACCCCCUUUCACACACACACACACACCCACACACACGUCUAGCCUUUAACUUAUUCAGUCACUCACUCAUUCACUCACUUAUUCAGUUACUCACUCACUCUUUCACCCAUUCAGUCACUCACUCACUCAGUCACUCAUUCACUCAUUCACUCACUCACUCAUUCACUCACUCACCACUCACUAACCAACCACUCACUAAUUCACUAAUUCACUCACCCACCGACUCACCAAUUAACUUACUGAUCCCCUUCACACACUCACCCAUUUGCUCAGCCACACACACACGUCUAAGCCUUUAACAAGUGCCGUUAGCGAGCAGCGAUUGUCCAAGCACCUACCCCGACCGCCUUUGUCUCCCCGCUAGCCAUGGUGACUACACACACAUAGGCAUUCAUUUCAGUCUGAGUCGACCUAGGGGAGGGCCCGGGACCGGCUCGAGAUAUUCGCCGGCCGUGAGCGGGAAUCGAACUCGGGUCUCGCAGCGCCGCUAAGCCCUGCACCCACCGCUCCCGACGCGAUUCGCCUUGAUUUGUGGUUUUUUUUAAUUUAAGACAUUAAAUGGUGAAGUGAUGAAGCAAA